AUGAAAUUAACGGAUAUUCUAGUAGAAUGCUCACCACAACAGCUUCGUGAGAUGCUGGACAUACUCAAACCGAAAUUACCCCGGCGUAUACAGCAAUAUAACUUCAUUUACAGUUACCUCUUUCAUUACGAACGUAUAAAUGCAAAUCGUGAAAAACUGAAAUCGGAUCGUUGGAAUUUAAGGCUGUACACACAUCGUUAUGGUAAUAUUGAGAAUUGUACACUUAUUAGUCAUGGGGAGACUUUGGAUUACAUUAUCCUUUGCUUUACCUUGCAAGAGUCCCAGGAGGAACUCAGGGAAUGUCUAACACAAACAAAUUUAAUAAAAUGGGAUACAAAACGUAUCGAUGUGGUAUGCGAAGAAAAUACUUAUAUGAUGGUCAAAGAGAUUGUUACGGAAAGAACCAACAAUGCCCACUGGAGAUGUACACCAUUUGAAAAUGUCAUGUAUAUUACAAAGGAUAAAAUUGCCGCGCUACAAGUUAAUGAAAAUCUCCCCGAAGACCUGUAUGUAGCACCAUUGGAUGCUGCGAAGCAUUGCAACUUAAUUAACGAAAGUUGGUCUCACAAAUACGAUCAAUCAUUGGGUUUAAUACAACAAUCUAUCGAAUUCAAUGGGGGUUUGGGUCUAUUCAGGAAGGGUGAAGAACAGCCGCUAUGUUGGAUAUUGGUAAAUGAAUUUUUAACACCAGGAUUCCUACACACCGUGCCCGCGGAAAGACGUAAAGGUUAUGGCGAAUUAAUUCUGAAAAUGGAACUGAAACGUUUACUUAAAAUACACAAUAUGGAUUUAUUUACAUUUGUUGUUGUCACAAAUGAACAAUCGCUGUAUUUACACAAAAAAUUGGGUUUUGAAUCGGCUGCGAGAGUUAUUUGGCUGGAAAAGCCGGAAUAA